AGCAGCUUGGUGAAUUCCAGUGUGGAAUACAAGGUCGCUACGUGUUGGGUUAAGGUCUUUACCACUUAUUAAUUAGUACUUGUAGUAAUAGCUGAAUUUAGCUGGUUAGUUAAAUUAAUGCCGCAAAGAGAGAAGAGAAGUCCUGUCAUUGAGCAACUGUUUUUUUUCCCAACAGUCCCUCCCUCAGUCCCCGUCAUAUAAAAUAAGUGUCUAUUUGGGUUGAUGAAAUAGGUGUCUGGUAUGAGUGUUUAGAUCAGUAUGUCUGAAGGAAUAGUCUACGCUGAUGUGAAGUUCAAAAAGCACCAAAAGACUGAAGGAAAAGAUGGUGCAACAGCAUCCACAGGGAAUGAUGCCACGUACUCUGAAAUCUCAAUUCCCAAAGCCGGACGCAACCAGCCAUCUACCGACACUAAUGCUGGUGACCCUGAUUCUCAGGAGGGGUUAAAGGUCAAACCAGGUGGAUAUGACCCUGUCAAAGUGGUCCUGGUGACUCUCUGUUUUCUUCUGAUGGGGACGGUCAUUGGACUUGUGUUCCUGUAUAUCAGCAACCUGCCAACCAAAAACACAGAGCUCCAAAUUCUGCAAGCGGCUUACAAUCGAAAUCUUACAGAUUUGGAAAAAGCUUUUACCUCAGCUUUAAUGAUCAAAAACAGAGAGCUUCAAGAACUGCAAGACAAGAACAAAGAUCUUCAGGAGAAGGAACGUGCAGUUUGGCAACAACAUGAAGAAUUGAAAAAGCAGAGAACUCCACCCUCUUGCCCUACAAACACAGGGAAUAAUGACUGUCCUCAACCUAUGAACUGUGCUGAAGGCUGGGAGUAUUAUGGGGGGAAGUGCUAUUACUUCUCCCCUGAUAAACUGACCUGGGCUCAGAGUCGGGAUGAGUGUAUCACCAGGGGGGGACACCUUGUCAUCAUAGGGAGCCUAGAGGAGCAGACGUUCUUAGAUCAGAAAAGUGGUACAAAAAUAAGUACGGAGCCUGAAGACAAGUUCUGGAUUGGGCUGACGGACAGUAUAAACGAGAAUGAGUGGUUAUGGGUGGACAAUUCAUCUCUAAGCACAAGAUUCUGGCUUGGUGACUGGGAGCCAGAUGACUGGAAAGGAGAGAAUUCCGAAGGUGAAGACUGUGCUAGAAUGGGGGAACGGGGUGGUACUAAAGACGGCAAGAGUUGGUUGGAUGUCAACUGUAAUAAGACUCAAAGAAGAAUAUGUGAGACAAAAUCCCCCUUGUGAAACAGUAUCUUUAAGAAACUCAAAAGUUCCUUUUAAAUAUGUCUCUGAACAACCCCAAAUAUUGUUAAGUGUGUGUGUUAGUGUGGGUUUUCAAUUCAUUUUUGUAAAUCAUGAUAUCUCCAUUUUGCAGUGCAGGAAAAUUCUCAGCAACAAGAGUGAUACAAUUAAGAUCCUACACCUGUACAUCAUCCUGUGUGUUUUGUACAUGUAUAUUUCUGCUUAACAGUGCUGUCUCUAGGCUAGUCAUUUGAGAAAAUAUUGUGUGUGUCUAUCCAAACCAUUGAAUUAAUAAAGUG